GUCGCGAGGAAGGAGCGGGGGAGGGGGGAGCGCGGCCGCCAUCUUGUGCGUGAACCCAGAUCCAAGCGGGCGAGGUGGCCUCCUGUGGAGAAGAAGGUCUUGCUGCCUCGGAGCUUCAUCCCUCGGGGGACCCGGCUGCGAGGAGGAAGCGGGAGAGCCGGCUGAGACGAGGCACCCCGCCCGUCCUUUUCUGCCCCCUCCCGCGGGGUUUAUGGUGCUGCGCUGGGGGAGGAUGAACGGAGGAUAAAUGGUGCCCAAGGCAGACAGCGGCACCUUCCUCCUCCUCUUCCUCCUAGUGCUCAGCAUCACCGAGCCGUUGCGGCCAGAGCUGCGCUGUGUACCAGGGCAAUUCGCUUGCCGCAGUGGGUCGAUCCAAUGCAUCCCUCUGAACUGGCAGUGCGAUGGAUGGCCCACUUGUGAGGAUGAGAGCGAUGAAGUCGACUGUCCGAAUUUUACCGGGGACCAACGAAAUUAUCAUGGGAAGGAGAACGUGGACUCCAGGCAUAAUCGUGGAAGAGGAGGGGACACAACCCGCUUUCACACUGUCAACGUGGCACAGCCGGUUCGGUUUAGCAGUUUCCUAGGGAAAUGCCCGUCAGGAUGGCAUCACUACGACGGCACCGCCAGCUGCUACCGAGUGUACUUGAAUGGGGAGAACUACUGGGAUGCCGUGCAGACGUGCCAGAGGGUGAACGGCUCUCUGGCCACCUUCACCACGGACCUGGAGCUCAAGUUCAUCUUGCAGCAAGAGUGGGACUCGGAAGAGAAGGCCUUUGGGAGGAAGGACCAACGGAGGUUAUGGGUUGGAUAUCAGUUUGUCAUCACGAACCGGAACCAUUCUCUGGAAGGGCACUGGGAAGUUUCCUUCAAAGGUUCAUCGGAAGUAUUUUUGCCCCCUAAGCCUACGUUUAGCGCUGCUGUGUCCGAAAAUGACAACAUCCUUUGUGCCCAGUUUCAAUGUUCGCACUUCCCGACUCUUCGACACCGUGGUUUUCACAGCUGGUAUGCUGAAAACUGCUAUGAGAAAUCUUCAUUCCUUUGCAAAAGAAGCCAAACCUGUGUGGAUAUCAAAGACAACAUUGUAGAUGAAGGCUACUAUUUCACCCCCAAAGGAGACGAUCCGUGUUUAAGUUGUACGUGUCACAAAGGAGAGCCGGAGAUGUGCGUGGCGGCCCUGUGUGAACGGCCGCAGGGAUGUCAGCAGUAUCGCAAAGACCCCAAGGAGUGCUGUAAAUUUACAUGCUUAGAUCCAGACGGCAGCAGCCUCUUUGACUCCAUGGCGAGCGGCAUGCGCCUCAUUGUGAGCUGCAUCUCCUCCUUUCUGAUAUUGUCCCUGCUGCUUUUCAUGGUCCAUCGGCUGCGGCAGAGGCGUCGGGAGCGCAUCGAGUCCUUGAUUGGGGCAAAUUUGCAUCAUUUCAACCUGGGCCGGAGGAUGCCUGGUUUCGAUUAUGGCCCGGAUGGUUUUGGAACCGGCCUCACUCCGCUGCAUCUUUCUGACGAUGGGGAAGGCGGGGCAUUCCAUUUCCACGACCCCCCUCCGCCCUACACAGCUUACAAGUAUCCAGAUAUUCAGCAUCCAGAUGACCCCCCUCCCCCCUACGAGGCUUCCAUCAACCCGGACAGCAUCCUUUGUUCGGCCCCAGAUGGAAUCCACUCCCAAACAGGACUGAACAGCCAGCCGUCGCUAGGAAACGGCGACGUAUCACCGCAGCUCACGGAGGAGUCGCUUCCGCCUUCGGUCGGCCCUUCCCCGGUGGAACUGGAAGACUCUGCCGACAGCAGCACCCUCCUUGUACCUCCUGACACGCCCUUAAGCGAAAGCCCAUCGGCAGAGACUUUGGCAGGAAACCGACACAGUCACCGUUCCCUGAAUACUGUUGUAUAGAGGAAAAUUUUUAAAAAGCGUACUGCCGGUCAGAAAUAAAUCUGAGCAACUGUUUGCACACCAGAGAUGCAGAUGGACGAUAAUCCGUGGACUGAACUUCAGAAAUAAGCUCUACUCCCGCCCCCUUCCUUUUUUUGAAGCACUACUAUUCUAGUUUAGAAUUGUGCCUCUCGGCUAUUGCUGUCAUUCUCCAUUCUGGUUGGGUUGCCCUCUUUAGAAAAACAAAAUGGAUCGUGCAGGCUUCACCUCCCCCUCCCCAGCUAUGGGAAGAACGUGAAAGUUUUUUUUCAACGUUAUUUUUCAAGAAGAAGAAAUGAAACGGCAUGGAUAGUUUUCAUCGUCUUCUCCCCAUCUCCUUUUACAUUUCUGAAAAGGAAGCCGUGAAAAAAAUGUGUCGUGGGGAGACUUAAAAAAAAACAACAACAACAACUUCUGGACCGCAGUAUCUAGGAAGCAGAUUUUGAAGAAAAAUGUAGAGAACAGCCAGUGGUUACAGAAUUUAAUUGACCCCACGUUCUUAUUCUCAGCCCUGAAGCAGAGGAGGCUGGAGUGUGGAGUUGCUGGAUUGUGCCCCCCCCCCCUUUUAACAGAAUAAUGAUUUCUGGCAGAUUAAAACACGAGCCAAAGAGAGAGGCUCUGAGGCACAGUUUGAUCGUCACAUAGCUUCCGCCGCUGUCUUGGAAGAGGGAGUCAUGAGUGUGAAAAAGUAUGAACACUUAAGUUGGGGGGGCGGGGUUGCCCAGGGGCGGGGUGAAGUUAAUGCAAAGUACAAAGAUCCUGGUGUGGAUUCGGUGAGGAACGGCCUGUUUCGCUUUCCUGUAACACUACACGUAGUGUACUGUGGCUGGUAAACUUGGUGACCUGUGAACACACUCAGACCUCUCACUGGGCUCUGUUCUUUCUUAGGUUCAUGAGUGUUUGGGGAGGGGCAUGAGAUGACCGUGUGGGAAUAAACCCGUUCGUUAUUAAACAAGAUCACCCAGCUUGAGUAGUCGCCUUCCCCUGUUCUUCGCAGUGGUUAUGAGCUGGUUUUCUUGCCUCCCUUGGGGCUGAAGUAUAAGUUGGUUUUUUUGCGAGCCCGGUUGAGGUUUCCCAUGCCCAUCUGCUUUUUCCUCACAGCCACGCAGCCGCCAUGGGGAAGAAGCACUCUGAAGUCCAUAGAAGGCCAAUUCUAUUUGGAACUACCGUGUGGAGAGAAGGAAGAAAUCCUGCCCUCCCUUUCACGUCAUUUUCCCAAGCUGAAACGGCCACUGCGGGAAGCUGUUCGGAGCUCCGCAUAGCAUAUUCCCAACACUCGUUACUCCAAAGUGAUGCUGUUUCAGCUCAGAGAAGCAGUGCGGAGGGGAAGGAAGGGACCUCUGUUUACCCCCAUGCUACAGUUCUGUGCGGAAUUGGGCUUCUGGAACCUUUAAAAAUGCCUUUCCCCUCAGCAGUCGGGUGACCGACCGCAGGGGAAGUGAGUCAAGUCCAGGGGACCCCAGCCCAGCUUGCCAAAAAAUGUAGCAUGCAGUUUUGCCCUACGCAGUUGGGUUCAUCGAAGCCUUAAACAAUCAGUGAGGAGUAUACUGAUGUAACAAUAUGUUGAUAUGUUGACUCUUGUUAACACAGCAGUGAAUAUUGUGGCUGAUGACGUUUGCUCACUGGUUGUGGACGGGAGAACUGGGGUCAAAGAAUCAGUUCGCACGCCUCUCCCGACGCCUGCACGGGUCCCUGGCCUCUCGCAGGGCUGUCCCCGAGUUGGAGAGCGUUGUUGAAUUGCGCAAGAGGGCUGUGCGGAAUGUGCAUUCCUGUUGCCUUAUGAAAGCCAGCAAGGCUGGAGGGAUCGGGAAGGAGCAUGAUAGGAAGUGAGCACUCCCCUGGACUAGCUCCCCAUUGGCUCUAAACCGAACUUGCCCCUCCCAUUUUGGUUUACCCUUCCGCUGGCAUAAAUGCUACUUAGGACUAGGUACCCUUCCAUACUCUUGAUCAGGGGAGGUGGUUCUUGGCCAGAUUUUUGUGCGGGGGCUGGUGAUGUCAUUCGCCGUGCAAGUUGGGAAGCUACAGCUCAUUGGUGGAACAUCUGCUGAGGGUUCCUGGUGCAGCCUGUAGAGAAAAGGGUCUCCAGUGCAGUGCAGGGAAAAGACACGGAAGGCCACUGCCACAGCAGGCAGCGCUGGGGUGGAUGGUCCGUCUGGGUUCAAGGCAGCUUUGUAUGUGGACUUAUCAGUUGGUGGUUGCCUGUGAACAAUCAUAAAGCCGCUGGAGGUGAUUUGCAAUGCAGCAAUCAUUCUAAUGUCUAAGCCAGGGGUGACGGGCUCGUUUGUUAUGAGGACCGGAUAGGACUUAUAUGUGAUGGUCAGGGCGGCCCUGGGGGCUGCCUUGGUUCAUCCCAGCAAGGCACUGAUGGUGAUCGUUCCUGAACUGGCAAGCCCGCAGUGGGAUUGGGUGGCUGCCCGAAGAGGGCUUAUCAGGCCCAUGACCAGCUGUGGCAACCCCCCGUCCCCUGCUUCAGCUGGCUUAUGGUCCUGAAAAGCCCCCUCAAGGGGCUAGAUGUGACCUCUGAGCCACACGUUUGACACCCCUGGUCCAAGCACAUUAGGAAAUCUGAUUCAUGGGCUUAUUAUAGACACGGCUAUCGGCUAGAAUCAUACGAUUCCUUCCCCCCACCCCAGAAAAGCUGGCUGUCCAGAAGUCAGCUCCCCCAGGGAGAAACAACGGAAAUUUGUCUUGCAAAAGGACCCCACAUGCAACAAGCAGACUUUGGGGAUGGGGGUCAUAUCUGUUAUUUUGCGUGGUGGCUGCCGAGCCAGAUAGAUUAUCCUCAUAAGACAAAAGUCCAGGUUAAAUCUGUCCGGAGUGUCCGCAGAAACGGCUGCGUGAAUGGAAAACUUGAGUCCUGUAAACUCCCCCUCCCCAGCUGCCUUGAACGAGCGGUGCAGAGCGAGGGAAGCCGUUCUUCCCCCGGAGGACUCUCGGUGGCUUUGGGCUUGCGGACUGUAAGCCCUGAACCUUCAAACAAGCGAGCAGCUGCCGCCGGAGUCCUGAGUUCAGUGUCCGGCGAUUUCCGAGCAUUUCUGAAGUACGAAAAUAAAAAGCGGGUUUUGUGCAUUUUUAGCACGUUCAUAAGUUUUAUACAUUGUAGGUACUGACCUGUCCCUUUAGUUUUAUAUAUAUGUGUGUGUGUGAGAGAGAGAGAGAGGGGGUGUAUAAUAUGUGUUCCUGGUGGAGAAUAAACCUUCUACACUGCGCUUUGUGAGCUUAUGCAAAGUGCAGCCGCAAAGGCCGAGGCAGGAACCCGACUGGUUAGCUGCAGUCCUGGUGUUUUGAUUCACUGUACAAUAGAACCAGGAUUUGGCCAGGGCGUUACUGGGCACAAUGGAAAUCCUGUGAUGCAAUAUUAUGCUUGAAUUGCCACAGGACGCUCUUACGCGCUGGUCUUUACUCCGCCCCCCCCCCCCCGCCCCUCAAUAAUUUAGCUGAGCUUUUUUUCCACAAGGCUGGAAGGGUUGCGUCUGGAGGCUUAUGUUAACCAACCUCAAGCCAUGUCAGCUGGGCAUUGCUACCAUAUUCUGUCUCAACAAAAGAAAAAAACCACAAAAUUGUAACUAGGUAGGCGCUAGGACCCAAACGGAGCAUUCCGAAACAAAGACGGUCCAGCACGAGGCGAACGAAGUUACAAUUUUGGCUCUUAUCUUUUGGUGAAAGGAUAUAGUAGCGUCCAGCACAAUUUCAUUGCGGACGUGGCUUGCUUGUACAGCUAUUAUGGGGUGGAAGGGGGAGACUGGUACGGCUGCUCAAGUUUUUCUCGCUUCCUGAUGGCCCGGCCACCCCUGGCAGGGAAGCAGCUGCUUGAAAACUCUGUAGUUUGCUGAGUUUUGUUUUGCUGGUUUUUGUUGUUGUUUGAAAGUCCUAGAGCUUCCCAGGUUGCAUCCAGGGAUUCCCUCCUGCUAAGUUGGUCUCAGUCAUCCCAGUGGCUUGGUUGGAAUCAGUGACUUCAACCCCUUUUCCUUUUUACCAACAAUCCUGUAAAGGUUGUGCCUUGAAUGGCUGCUUUGGGCCCCUGCUCUGUAAUAAGCGCAUUUGUACAUGAGCAUCUCUAGGGUUCGGUCUUUAUAGCCGCAGUCUCUGUAAUUGCGAGUGUUAUCUAAGAGCGCAGGACCAUUCCAAUCGACUCCCUCUGCAAAUGACUAAAUGGAAGAUUGGCUGUGGAAUUUGUCAAGAAUAAGUGGGACCAGGGGAAUUAGGCUGGGGAGGGGAAACCCAUUUUACUGUAUCUUUUUUAAUGACGGUAGCCUGUCAGUUCCAGAAAGAGAGAAUAGAUAUGGGUAUUAUAAGUGAUCAUGCAGAGGCGGCACAAUAUACGAUCAUCAUGGGAUGACUGUUAACGUUUGCAAAUUAAACCUUGAGACAGCCAGGCUAUGUUGGGAAGCGAUCUGUCAUCAGUCCCGAGGUUAAGAUGGCAAGAAUGGUGGUUAGUUUCUGGAAGCAAAAGAGAUUAAAAACAGGUGUGAAAAUAUUAAGAUAAUACAAAAGCCCAUAUAAGUCUACUACAUUGAUGAUCUUGCUUUUAGCCCAGUCCAGCUAAACUUAAACGUCCGUGCGUCUCAUUCGUUUGAAUGGGAGAGUUGAAGGCUUGCUUACAUCUCCCUCUGCUGAAUUAAUCAAUGGGGAAUGUUGGCUGGAUCACGGCUGCCCUCCCACCCCUUUUAUUCAGUGCUGUGGAUUCCCUCCAAUUUUUUCUCCUUCAAGGAGAACUUUCAAUAUGUAUUGUCCUGUCAUAAAAAAUUUUUUUUGGCUGAUCCUGCAUGGAGACUCUAAAAGUCCAUAUAAAGAAUUCCAGAUAAGGCUGCACUGUCUUAAUCAGUUAAUUAGCUUAAUUAUCCAGUUAAGCGUAUGUUUGGGGAAAGCUGGGGAAAAAAUAUCGGCAUGGUAAAAGACUCCCUCAUCCAGCGGUAGAUUUUAAAAAUCUUAAGUACUGGCAAAAGUGGCAGAUAAAAAAUGACAGCUUAAGCGAGGCAUUCCCUUUUGUGUGAAAGAGCGGAUGCCUCCUGGAAGUUGGGCUUCGUCUAAAAACUGAGCAG